AUGGCUGCUUCUAAUCCUCAUCAUCCAUCAUCACUAUUAAUUUUGUUUUGUUAUCUCCUGAUCAUCAUCCCACAAUCUUCCUGCCAAUCAGGCUCCUCUGCCCCUCGGAACAUUCAAGUUGUUUACCCAUUUGCCCUUACGCCACCACCACCGCCGCCGCCCCCGCCGCCACCACCGCCGCCGUCCAAUUUUACUCCGCCGUCACCGAUUUUUCCGGCGCCGAGAAGCUCACCGUCGUCAACAAGUAAGAAAGUUGGGGCUGCUGUUGGAAUUACUGCUGCAACUACAUUAAUUCUAUCUGGGCUCUUGUUCUUUUUGCUUCAGAGGUGUUCUAAGCGUAGGAAGGAAACAACAACUCAUAUUAAUCCAUAUGCGGCUAGUAGUCCUCCAUUUGUGCCGCAACAGAAUGAAUUCAAGAGAUUUAAUGGGAAUUUGAAAGGGGUAAUUGUGGAUGAAGAUGGGUUGGAUGUUAUUUAUUGGAAGAAAUUAGAAGGUGAGGAUAAUAGCAAGAGGAGAUUUGAGAAGCAGGCUUUUAGGGACUUGAGAAGGGUAGAAGAAAAAGAAGAAGAAAAGAAGGUAAUCAGCAAAGGUGAUCAUCACCAGAAAUUCGCCCCACCCAGCCCGGAAUUCCCUUUGCUCAGAGGAAAGUCUUCGUCUUCCCAAAGCCCGAUUUGGAAUGAUGUGGAAAUCCCAUUCGAAAAGAACGUUUCCGGGACUUCUUUUCCGGUUGCUAAGCGAGAAUCGUCAAUCCCACCACCAGCACCGCCGCCGCCUCCGCCACCACCUCCACCAGUAAUUCCGGUGGCUGCUGUGGCUGUUUCCAAGAAUAAAGCCCUUUCGCCGCCGCCUCCUCCUCCUCCGCCAGGGCCGCCACCAAUCCCACUCCAGAAGAUUCCUCCACCUCCUCCUCCGGUUCUUCCUAAGGCUAGAACCGUGGCUGUGGGAGUGAUUUCAAAGCCGCCUCCGAUUCCGAAAGGAGUGCCAAAUGUGAACAAGAAGAAAGAGGCCUUAGAGAUAGAAGGAGAUGGGCAAGUGAAACUGAAGCCUUUACACUGGGAUAAGGUGAAUCGUAAUGUGGAACAUUCAAUGGUGUGGGACAAGCUUGGUGGCUCUUUCAAGGUUGAUGAUGAUCUUAUGGAAGCCCUUUUUGGAUACGUUGCUACAAACAGAAAAUCUCCCAGAAGUAAUGCAUCAAUACCGACAGGAAGUGAUACUAAUAAUAAGCCAGGAUCGUCCUCCCAAUCUCAAAUCUUCAUUCUUGAUACAAGAAAGUCCCAAAAUACUGCAAUUGUGUUGAAAUCUCUGGGCAUUUCACGAGACGGGAUCAUCGAUGCGCUCAUCCAGGGGGAAGAUUUAAGCUUAGAAACUCUGGAGAAGCUAAUGAGGAUUGCUCCAAGCAAAGAGGAACAGUCAGAAAUCCUCGCAUUUAAUGGGGAUCCUGCAAGAUUAGCUGAUGCUGAAUCAUUCCUUUACCAUCUCCUUAAAGCUGUUCCAUCGGCUUUUACUCGGUUUAAUGCGUUGCUGUUUAGGUCGAAUUUCAACCAUGAGGUCCCUCAUCUCAAGGAGUCCUUCCAAGUACUUGAAUCCGGGUGUAAGGAGCUUCGUGCUAGGGGGCUUCUUCUAAAGCUUUUGGAAGCUAUCUUGAAGGCCGGAAAUCGCAUGAAUGCCGGUACUUCAAGAGGAAAUGCUCAGGCUUUCGAUCUCACGGCUCUCAGGAAGCUGUCUGAUGUGAAAAGUACUGAUGGGAAAACUACAUUACUCCAUUUUGUGGUGGAAGAAGUUGUUAGGGCAGAGGGAAAACGCUGUUACCUCAAUCGUAAAGGCAAUUUGAACCGCAGCAACAGCCAAGGCCAAAGCAGCUAUACCGGUGGUGAAAAUUCACAAUCGGGACAAGAUAGGGAGAAAGAGUACAUAAAGCUUGGUUUACCAAUUGUUGGUGGCCUCAGUGCUGAAUUCAGCAAUGUGAAGAAAGCAGCCUCAUUUGACUAUGAUACUCUACUUAAAAACAUUACAGCAUUAGGAUCACAAGUAGCCGAAAUUCGGAAACUUGUUCAACAAUCUGCUGGAGGUAGUAAUGAAACAGGAGGAUUUGCUGAACAAAUGAAGAUUUUCCUGAAUUCAGCUGAAGAAGAAAUGAAGAUCAUAGGAGAAGAGCAAAUCAGGGUGAUGGAACUCGUAAAGAGGACAACAGAGUAUUUCCAAUCAGGGGCCAAGGAUAAAGGGUGGCAACCAUUACAAAUAUUUGUCAUCGUUAAAGAUUUUCUGGAUAUGGUGGACAAAGCAUGUGUUGACAUUGCAAGAAAUGCUCAAAAGAGGAAGCCUGCUACGACACCACCACCUGGAAACACUAGCGGAUCAUCAUCGCCGGAGUCUCCUAAAAGCCGGCCUGCUGUGAAAUUCCCAAAAUUGCCAGCCAACUUCAUGUCUAGCUAG